CGUCACUCAAUGACAGCUAGCUGUCAGAAAGUGAGUUCAUUCCCCGGAGCCGAGCAGUCCGAGUGCAGUCGAUCCGUUUCUGCCCUUCCGUUGGUAUCUAACACCUCGGACUUAACGAGACGACGGACGGAGGUUUCACCGAGCCCGGCCAUGGACGAGCAGGCGGGGCCCGGCGUCUUCUUUAACAACAACAACAACUCCGUGUUACCGGGCGGCGGGAAAGGAGCGCUGCCGGACGGCGACGCUGGGGAGGCGGCCAGGGCGCAGUACAGUAUUCCGGGGAUCCUGCACUUCCUGCAGCACGAAUGGGCCCGUUUCGAAGUGGAGCGAGCACAAUGGGAGGUGGAGCGGGCCGAACUCCAGGCCCAGAUCGCCUUCCUGCAGGGGGAGAGGAAAGGCCAGGAGAACCUGAAGAAGGACCUCGUGAGGAGGAUCAAAAUGUUGGAGUACGCGCUGAAGCAAGAGAGAGCGAAGUACCACAAGUUAAAAUAUGGGACCGAGUUGAACCAAGGGGACGUGAAGCCUCCGAGCUACGACUCUGAUGAGGCCAACGAGAACGAGUCGUCUGGAUCUCUCAACAAUCAGCUGUCCUGGAAACAAGGCCGCCAGCUGCUCAGACAGUAAGAGCUUCAAAUCUUUCUACA